GAAGUGGGAAGGAGGGAUCAGUGGCGUGGUGCACUGAGAGUGUUGCGUUGGUUUGUCAGACGCCUCAACUAAUAUAAAAACUUUUUAUUUUUCAGUCCGUAACCAAAAUAUGCGGGCAAAGGGCGUAAUAGUUUUAACACUGUGGCCGAUUGAGAUAAUUAGAGUCUGAGUUCGGAAGACAUCUUUGGGAUUUCAAAAUUGCAUUCCUAGGUAACAGCAUUUGUGGGCAGGUAGGGAAGUAGCUUCCGGAAGAACUCGCGAUACAGGUUGGCAGUUUGCAUACGGCACUCGUAAAGUAAGUUUUGAAGCAAGUUUUUAAUCAAAUACAGAAGGAAAAAUGACGGAUUUUAGAAAAAAGAAGCUGUAUGUCUUCGUGGACGUGCUGUGCGUGGUAGUGGCGGCACUGCCUUUCCUCAUUAUGACCGUCGUUUUCCGGCCCUACCAGAGGGGUGUGUACUGUGACGAUGAGGACAUCAAGUACCCCUUCAAACAUGACACUAUCACCCACGGCCUUCUGGCUGCAGUCACCAUCUCCUGCACCGUCGUCAUCCUAGCAUCAGGAGAGGCCUACCUGGUCUACAGUAAGAGGAUUCACUCUAACUCUGAGUUCAACGGGUACGUGGCGGCGCUCUACAAGGUGCUAGGUACCUUCCUGUUCGGAGCAGCUGUCAGCCAAUCACUGACAGACCUGGCUAAGUUCACCAUUGGACGCCUGCGGCCCAACUUCAUGGCCGUCUGCAACCCCAAGGUCUGCAAAGGCUACAUGCUGGAUAUCAACUGCACCGGCAACUCUCAUGACGUCACUGAGUCCAGGUUGUCCUUCUACUCCGGCCACUCCUCCUUCGGGAUGUACUGUAUGCUGUUUCUAGCAUUGUAUGUCCAGGCGAGGCUGAGGGCAAAGUGGGCCAGACUCCUCCGACCCACAAUCCAGUUCUUCCUGGUGGCUUUUGCAGUGUACGUGGGCUACACCCGUGUGUCCGAUUACAAGCACCACUGGAGCGACGUUCUGGUGGGCUUCCUCCAAGGCGCUCUCAUUGCCAUCCUCAACGUGCGCCACGUGUCAGACUUAUUCAAGCAGGGUCCUUCCCACUGCUCCAGCCCAGACACGGUCGAGAACGAGGAACUGGAGCGCCGCAAACCCAGCCUGCAGAUUGCAGAUGCAGAUCACAACAACCAUUACAGCUACCCAGGGCCUGUGUGAGAGGGGCCAACCCAGUCAACCACUCUCACAACAAGCUCCCACAAACCACUGGACUGACUGAGGGGGCUGCGCACAUUACCAGAAUCCUCUAUGUCCUGGGUGCACCAGCGCAUGAGUGGGAGAGGACUUUUAUAUUGGGACAUCAUGGUUGAUGUUCACUAGUUUCUUAGUAUAUUCGUCUCAGAAGUUUUUAUGUUGCUUUUUUUUAACACAAUAGAUUAGGUAAGAGUACCAAACAUUCAGAUAAGAAAAAAAGACCAUUCUCAGAAGAGAAGAUGUCUAGAUGAGUCCCAUUUUAGUGCACCUUUAGUCAUAUGAGUAAUCUGAACUUCAGUGGGAGUUUGGGAUUGAUAUGUUGAUUGUUUCACCUAUGUGAAAUGGACUGCAGAGAUUUAGAAAUGUUGAUGUUGAUUGUGUAAGCUUGAUAUACCACUAGAUCACAAACAAUCAAUGCAAACGUUUGGCAUAAAGAUUUUAGAAAUUGAAAAUGAGAAAUUCUGCUUUUAGCUAUGCACAUUCUGGCAUCAAUCACUCUAUUUUUUUAAUUGAAGAAAUCAAUGUUUUAACGGUAACAUUGCUCCUUGAAGGUAUUUGGACAGUGCCUAUUCAUUUUUAUUUUAUAGAUGACUUUAUUCACAAGGUCAGAAAUGUCUAUAAUGCCAGCACUGUUAAGGUAUUGUGCAAUCACAAUCACCCCUGUUAGCCACUAUGAGCCACAAAUACUGUAUCUGCUAAUAUUAUGGCAUUUUUCUUUUUUCAAUUAUGUUAUUUUUUUCUGUGGCCCAUAUCAAACCAGUGCCUUCUUGGACUAGUGCCCUUUAAGAUUGACACACAUGGAUCAGAUUCCAAGUUCACAACACAAACCAGAUGCCUUUAACAUGAGCCUUUAAGAGUUGUAAUGAUACAGCUUACCAUUCGAGUCAUUUGUGGCAAGCUGGUAUAAUGCUCUAUGCAAAGUUCAAGGAUUUUUCCUUUCUUGUGUGGACUGCUGGGGCUAAUUUGUGAAGAAAUGCUUCUGUACAGUGACUAUGUCAGGCCUGGCCCUGCUUGGCACAGGAGGACUGAUGACAGAUCAGUCAGCUCUGGCAGAGAGAGGCUUACCUCUGGUAGUAAUUGUGAGGCUCAGAGAGCUGACUCAGAGCUGGCCUGUGACUGUUGAAUGGCAAGGUACUCAGAGGGGCCUCCUGCUAAGACGCAGGUCCUACGGACUUCAAGAGAUUUAAAGACUUUUCUUUGAAUUCCAUAAAUGAUAACCACCUGGAGCAGCUUCAGUGAAGUGUUGUUGUUGCGUAACGUCUCACCUGUGUAUUACUGAAUCCCCCAGCCCAAAUUUACCCAUGAAGCAAUAGUAUCACAAUGUUAUGGGGUUUGAGUUUCCUCCAGGUUUUCAUCAUAAAAGGCCUUGUUCUGGGUGGUGUGUGUUUCAUAUGUAAUAAUACUAUUCCUGGCCUGCUGGGUGGCGCAUUGGUCUAGGGCAGCGCUAGCUGUGCCACCAGAGACUCUGGGUUCGCGCCCAGGCUCUGUCGCAGCUGGCCGCGACCGGGAGGUCCGUGGGGCGACGCACAAUUGGCCUAGCGUCGUCCGGGUUAGGGAGGGAUUGGCCGGUAGGGAUAUCCUUGUCUCAUCGCGCACCAGUGACUCCUGUGGCGGGCCGGGCGCAGUGCACGCCAACCAAGGUCGCCAGGUGCACGAUGCGGCUGGCUUCCGGGUUGGAUGCGCGCUGUGUUAAGAAGCAGUGCGGCUUGGUUGGGUUGUUGUUGUGUUUCGGAGGACGCAUGGCUUUCGACCUUCGUCUCUCCCGAGCCCGUACGGGAGUUGUAGCGAUGAGACAAGAUAGUAAUUACUAACAAUUGGAUACCAUGAAAAGGGGGUAAAAAAAUGAUUUUAAAGAAUAAUAAUACUAUUCCCAUUAGCGGAUUGGUCCUGGUUGGCCAUUAUACAUGUACAGUUGAAGUUGGAAGUUUACAUACACCUUAGCCAAAUACAUUUAAACUCACUUUUUCACAAUUCCUGACAUAUAAUCCUAAUAAAAAUUCACUGUCUUAGGUCAGUUAGGAUCACCACUUUAUUUUAAGAAUGUGAAAUAUCAGAAUAAUAGUAGAGAGUGAUUUAUUUCAGCUUUUAUUUAUUUCAUCACAUUCCCAGUGGGUCUAAGUUUACAUACACCCAAUUAGUAUUUGGUAGCAUUGUCUUUAAAUUGUUUAACUUGGUUCAAACUUUUCGGGUAGCCUUCCACAAGCUUCCCACAAUAAGUUGGGUGAAUUUUGUCCCAUUCCUCCUGACAGAGCUGGUGUAACUGAGUCAGGUUUGUAGGCCCCUUGCUCGCACACGAUUUUUCAGUUCUGCCCACAAGUUUUCUACAGGAUUGAGGUCAGGGCUUUAUGAUGGCCACUCCAAUACCUUGACUUUGUUGUCCGUAAGCCAUUUUCCCACAACUUUGGAAAUCUACUUGGGGUCAUUGUCCAUUUGGAAGACCGAUUUGCGACCAAGCUUUAACAUCUUGACUGAUGUCUUGAGAUGUUGCUUCAAUAUAUCCACAUAAUUUUUCUUCCUACCUCAUGAUGCCAUCUAUUUUGUGAAGUGCACCAGUCCCUCCUGCUAGCAAAGCACCCCCACAACAUGAUACUGCCACCCCUGUGCUUCACGGUUGGGAUGGUGUUCUUUGCCAUGCAAGCCUCUCCAUUUUCCUUCAAACAUAACGAUGGUCAUUAUGGCCAAACAGUUCUAUUUUUGUUUCAUCAGACCAGAGGACAUUUCUCCAAAAAGUACGAUCUUUGUCCCCAUGUGCAGUUGCAAACUGUAGACUGGCUUUUUUAUGGCGGUUUUGAAGCAGUGGCUUCUUCCCUGCUGAGCGACCUUUCAAGUUAUGUGGAUAUAGGACUUGUUUUACUGUGGAUAUAGAUACUUUUGUACCUGUGUCCUCCAGCAUCUUCACAAGGUCCUUUGCUGUUGUUCUGUGAUUGAUUUGCACUUUUCGCACCAAGGUAUGUUCGUCUCUAGGAGACAGAACGCGUCUCCUACCUGAGGGGUAUGACUGCUGUGUGGUCCCAUGGUGUUUAUACUUGCGUACUAUUGUUUGUACAGAUGAACGUGGUACCUUCAGUCAUUUGGAAAUUGAUCCCAAGGAUGAACCAGACUUGUGGAAGUCUACAAUGUUUUUUCUGAGGUCUUGGCUGAUUUCUUUUGAUUUUCCCAUGAUGUCAAGCAAAGAGGCACUGAGUUUGAAGGUAGGCCUUGAAAUACAUCCACAGGUACACAUCCAAUUGACUCAAAUGAUGUCAAUUGGCCUAUCAGAAGCUUCUAAAUCCAUGAUUUUCUGGAAUUUUCCAAGCUGUUUAAAGUCACAGUCAACUUAGUGUAUGUAAACUUCUGACCCACAGGAAUUGUGAUACAGUGAGUGAAGUGAAAUAAUCUGUCUGUAAACAAUUGUUGUAAAAAUUACUUGUUUCAUGCAUAAAGUAGAUGUCCUAACCAACUUGCCAAAACUAUAGUUUGUUAACAAGAAAUUUGUGGAGUGGUUGAAAAAUGAGUUUUAAUUACCCCAACCUAAGUGUAUGUAAACUUCCGACUUCAACUGUAUGUCAAACAUUAUGCUGUUCUGUUCACUGUACAUGUAUCUAUCCAUAGCUGUUUAUGUAUGCACAAAAGGAAUCUAAAUAAAUACCAAAUACACCAUG